AUGCCAGCUGCGACUGAGGAACGGUGUGCUGCCAAGGCCGUGGGGUUGUUAGGGCCGAAGGGUGGGGGGAGGCGAUCAGCUGGAGCCGCAAGAACGGAGCCAGAGCUUCGAAAGGCGCGGUCGCGUCUCGGAGUGACGCUGCGCGCCGGGCCAUGUGCCUCGUGGCUGCGUGCGAGAGCCGUUUCGUGCGUGCGUGCGUGCGUGCGGGCGGGCUGCCGCGACGCCAGCGCGCCGCGAGGAGGGGACAUUCGCGCGCUCCCAUUGGCUGGAGGGCCGCCGGGCGGGCGAACAGCCGCGAAGCGCGCGCCCCACCCUCCGCCGCCGCCGCCCGCGCUUGUCGCCACCGCCUCCGCUGCCGCCGGCGAUCGCUGGACCGCCCUGCCCUGCCCUGCCCUGCCUUGCCCUGCCCUGCCGCGUUGCGCCGUGCACGGUGCCCAUAGUUUGCGAGAGAUUCGAAGUUUAUUGAGGGAGAAAUGCAGUGAAGCUGUAUGGCAGCAGAAACAGAUGAGAUUUGGGGAUGGGUCGGCGGCGGGGCUGGGCGCUGCGUGGCGGCCACGCGGCCGCGUCCGCGUGCGCGCUCGCGCCGUCGCUGGCGACUCCGUCCGACGUCUGGCGACACUGGCGGAAUGA